AUCCGAUCACAGCCUUCCCGUGGCGCGUUUGCUUUUUGUUUUUGGUGUUUCUCUCUCUCAUUUCUGUCCCUCCUUCAAUCACAACUAUAAAAUCCCCUCUGCUAAUCUCCACGCUUUCGGCCCUUUCAACCAACUCUUGAAGCAUUGAUUUGCCAACGUAAAUUUCACUAUUUUUAUGUUACUCUUUUUCAUAAUCGAACAGUUGAAGGAGAUUGUUUGAGAGGUGAUUCUUGGGAGAAUUUGAAGUGUUUGUUGCUUUGAAAAAGAUGCAGGUGGGCUCGAUGAUCUCGCUGUCGCCGAGCUUCAACAGCUAUUCCAACACUAAACUCGCGGAAAUCGCUGCGAGGGUUGUUGAGGAAUUCGAUUCUGAGGAGUUGUACGACGAGUUUUACUUCGAGAGGGAGGAGAAUUCAGCCGCCGGGAGAGUAGAGGAAGAAGGAGAUUCGGUGGAGAGAGAUCGAGGAAAUGACGUUGUUACAGAAGGAGAUGCCGAUGAGGACGAAGAGUUUGAGUUCGCUUUCAUGACUAGGGAUUCUGAGUUACCUUCCCCGAUUUCGGCUGAUGAGAUCUUCCACAACGGCCAGAUCCGACCCGUUUACCCGGUUUUCAACAGGGAUUUGUUUCUCGGGGAUGUGGAAUUUCGCCAGGGAAAUGAAAAGGAAAACGGCGUUCAGAAUUCGGGUUCUGAGAAGGGCCCGACGGUUCGUCUUCCGUUGAGAAAGCUGUUUAUUGAGGAAAGGGAGACGACGAUGACGAUGACAACGACGUCUUCGAGCUCCUCCUCGGAGGCCGAUGAUCUGGAGGGAGUUCCGGCGGAUACUUACUGCGUGUGGCGGCCGAACGAGGCGGCAGCGGAGGGGCGGUGCAAAAAGAGCAGCUCCACCGGCUCUCACUCCAAGAGAUGGAAGUUUAAGGACCUGUUGCAUAGGAGCCACAGUGAUGGAAGCAAGGACCGGUUCGUGCUCUUGAGUGCCAGCAACAGCGGGAGAAAAAAAGAGAACGUAGAGAGAGUUAAAGCAACGGCGGGGAGUCCUCAGAAAGCAAAGCCGCCGGCGCCCCCUCCGCCUCCGCCUCCACCUCCAGCGCUGUAUAAUCGGGACGGCGGGGAGAAGCGGCGGUCGUACUUGCCGUACAGACAGGACUUUGUGGGAUUUUUUGCUAAUGUAAAUGGAUUGAGUAAAAAUCUGCAGCCCUUUUGAGAUUUUUCAGUUUAUCUGCAAAUUAUGAGGUUUGGAUUAUUUGCUUCAAUGCAUGUAAAUAAUAUUAAAAUAUAUAGCUUUUUAAUUGUUUCUUUAUUAUUUUUUUGUAAAUAUAUGUGGUGCAAAAAUGAUUCUAUAGUUUUGCUUGUUUUAUGGUUAUAAACAUUUGUCA